AUGAAUAACACGCGUCAAAUCCUAGAGAAGAUCAGGAUAGGUUUGGACGUUGCUACAUAUCUUCUGAAGACUGAUCGUGGUAUACAAGCCCCUAAUUUGUGUGAUGAAUGUGUAAUCUUACUUAACAACUUAGACUUUGGCAUAAACGGCCUUGAUGUCUCUAACGUAAUAUUCAAUGCGUACUACGAAAUCUCUGGUUACACAAAUGCAGUAAGAUACACCAACAAACUUAUUGACAUGUUCAGCAAUGCUGGAAUGUCAAUGUUUGAACUGGGAGACAAAUAUCUACGAACAAGUAGGUUUGCAGAAGCCAAGAAACUUUUUGAAAGCGUAGUUGCUAUCACUAAAACAAUUGGCCACAAAAGAGGAGAAGCAUGCACUUAUGGCAGUCUAGGAUGUGUGUUUUAUUCACUCGGUGAAUAUCAGAAGGCUAAAGAAUAUCACGAGAAAGCACUUGCUAUCGCAACACAAAUUGGCGACAGGGAAGGAGAAGAAACACAGUACGGGAGCCUUGGACUCGUGUUUCAAUCACUCGGUGAAUAUCAGAAGGCUAAAGAAUAUCACGAGAAAGCACUUGCUACCGCAACACAAAUUGGCGACAGGGAACGAGAAGGAACACAGUACGGGAGCCUUGGACUCGUGUUUCAAUCACUCGGUGAACAUCAGAAGGCUAAAGAAUAUCACGAGAAAGCACUUGCUAUCGCAACACAAAUUGGCGACAGGGAACGAGAAGGAACACAGUACGGGAACCUUGGAGUCGUGUUUCAAUCACUCGGUGAACAUCAGAAGGCUAAAGAAUAUCACGAGAAAGCACUUGCUAUCGCAACACAAAUUGGCGACAGGGAAGAAGAAGGAAGACAGUACGGGAACUUUGGACUCUACGGGAACCUUGGACUCGUGUUUCAAUCACUCGGUGAAUAUCAGAAGGCUAAAGAAUAUCACGAGAAAGCACUUGCUAUCGCAACACAAAUUGGCGACAGGAAAGGAGAAGGAACACGGUACGGGAACCUUGGACUCGUGUUUCAUUCACUCGGUGAAUAUCAGAAGGCUAAAGAAUAUCAAGAGAAAGCACUUGCUAUCGCAACACAAAUUGGCGACAGGAAAGGAGAAGGAAGACAGUACGGGAACCUUGGAGUCGUGUUUCAAUCACUCGGUGAAUACCAGAAGGCUAAAGAAUAUCAAGAGAAAGCACUUGCUAUCGCAACACAAAUUGGCGACAGGAAAGGAGAAGGAAGACAGUACGGGAACCUUGGAGUCGUGUUUCAAUCACUCGGUGAAUACCAGAAGGCUAAAGAAUAUCACGAGAAAGCACUUGCUAUCGCAACACAAAUUGGACACAGGGAAGGAGAAGGAACACAGUACAGGAACCUUGGAGUCGUGUUUCAAUCACUCGGUGAAUAUCAGAAGGCUAAAGAAUAUGACGAGAAAGCACUUGCUAUCGCAACACAAAUUGGCGACAGGAAAGGAGAAGGAACACUGUACGGGAACCUUGGAGUCGUGUUUCGAUCACUCGGUGAAUAUCAGAAGGCUAAAGAAUAUCACGAGAAAGCACUUGCUAUCGCAACACAAAUUGGCGACAGGGAAGGAGAAGGAAGACAGUACGGGAACCUUGGAGUCGUGUUUCGAUCACUCGGUGAAUAUCACAAGGGUAAAGAAUAUCACGAGAAAGCACUUGCUAUCGCAACACAAAUUGGCGACAGGGAAGGAGAAGGAACACUGUACGGGAACCUUGGACUCGUAUUUCAAUCACUCGGUGAAUAUCAGAAGGCUAAAGAAUAUCACGAGAAAGCACUUGCUAUCGCAACACAAAUUGGCGACAGGAAAGGAGAAGGAACACAGUACGGGAACCUUGGAGUCGUGUUUCGAUCACUCGGUGAAUAUCAGAAGGCUAAGGAAUAUCACGAGAAAGCACUUGCUAUCGCAACACAAAUUGGCGACAGGGAAGGAGAAGGAAUACAGUACGGGAACCUUGGAAUCGUGUUUCGAUCACUCGGUGAAUAUCACAAGGGUAAAGAAUAUCACGAGAAAGCACUUGCCAUCGCAAAACAACCGGCCAAGAGACAUUUUGACAAAGCACUCGCCAUCAGUAUAGAAACUGGCGACAGAGAGUUUGAAGGAUAUUGCUACUUAAGCCUGGCACAUCUGCAUCAUUCGCUCAAUGACUACCAGAAGGCUACAGAACUAUACGAAAAAAGCCUUUCCAUCAGCAUGAGCAUUGGUGAUAGGAAGAGACAGGGAAGUAGUUAUCUAGGCCUUGGACACGUGUCUUUCUCCCUUGGAAAUUAUGACGAAUCGGAAAAAUACUUUGAGGAUGCGCGCUCGAUGAGUAGCAAAAUUGGAGACAAUCUGACUUACUUUGAGAGCCUUCUCGGUAUUACUCAGGUAAAGAACUCUCAAUCAAAGUUAGAGGAGGCAGAGCAGUAUCUUCGUCAAAGUAUUGAAAUUUAUGAAAAGUUGCGACAUUUUCUCAAAGGAAACGAUGAAUUUAAAACGUCUCUCUUAGAAGAGCACGGUAAUUUCCCCUACAAGUUGUUCAGUCAGAUACUGGGCGCUAACGGAAGCCUGCGAGAUUCUCUUAAUGUGGAGGAGUUGCGACGGGCUAGAGGCCUUGCAGAAUUAAUGGCGGACAAGCUCUUAACUGAGAGCCACAUCUCAACUGAUUUAACAUAUCGGCCUAAGAUCGAAAACAUUGUGAGUAAAGAGAGCAAUUGUGCUGUUUUGUACAUUUCAUAUUGUGAACGACAUGUUCAUUUGUGGGUCUUAAAAGCUAAUGGAGACAUUGACUUACGAGUGAGCCCCGAAAUGGAAAUCGACACCCUCAUGGCUGCAUUCGUUUGCGAUGCGGAGGAGAUUUUUAAGAAGAGUGCCUCCACUUUCGGAAUUAAAUAUAAUGAGAAUUGCGAAGAUCGAUCUCUGGGUGACGACAUUCCCUUGUCUCCUCAAGAAGAGAGCCGAGCACCUUUGCAAGGUGACGAAAGCAAACGCAACAAAAUAAUUCUUCAGUUGUGUUAUGACCAGAUUAUCGCUCCUGUAAAAGAUUUACUUACAGAGCCUGAAGUCAUCAUUGUGCCUGAGAGGUGUUCGUACCGAGUCCCUUUUGCUGCCUUACGGGAUGAGCCAGCAGGAAAAUAUUUAUCAGAAACCCACAGAAUCCGCAUCGUGCCUUCUCUGACGACUCUCGGGAUCAUCCAGGAAUGUCCAGCGGACUACCACAGUCAGACCGGUGCACUGGUAGUGGGUGAUCCUAAGGCUGGCAAAGUGCGAUACAGAGGACAGAUUCUGGACUUGAUACCAUUGUCUGGUGCAAGAAAGGAAGCAGAAAUGGUUGGUCGACUCCUGGGGGUUCAGCCUUUGUUAGGAAAACACGCAACAAAGCAGGCGGUACUUAACGCACUUCAUUCAGUGAGUCUAAUACAUCUUGCUGCUCAUGGUCAUGCCGACAGAGGAGAGAUUGCCCUUUCCCCUAAUUGCGCCACUAACGGUAUUCCACAAGAAGAAGACUACCUUCUGACAAUGUCCGACAUUUCAAAGGUUAAGCUGCGUGCUAAACUGGUCGUACUUAGUUGUUGUCACAGUGGGCGUGGAACGUUCAAACAAGAAGGAGUCAUUGGAAUUGCUCGCGCGUUCCUAGCAUCUGGUGCACGUUCAGUGUUGGUGGCAUCGUGGGCCAUACAAGACGAAGCAACAGAGCAGCUCAUGAAUCAUUUCUACGAACGCCUGGCUGCUGGAGAAAGUGCCAGUGAGUCCCUUCACCAGGCCAUGAAGUGGUUGAGAAGCAACGGCUUCACCGAACCUCGCCAAUGGGCUCCGUUUGUGCUGAUGGGAGACAACGUGACAUUUGACUUCCAGAAAUUAAGGCAAAAAGAACCGACAGAGGACGAGAAUGAAGGAGACAAGAGACAGAGUAGCGACUGA